AUGGUUUUACAAGGCUUGGACUAUCUGCACACAGAGUGCCACGUCAUUCACGCUGACUUGAAGCCUGACAAUGUCAUGGUCAAAGUCGAAGACCCCUCCAUCCUGGAACGCGACGCUCGAGAUGAGCACGACCACCCGCUGCCGCAAAAGCACAUACACGGGCGCGCCAUUUAUCUUUCUCGGAACAACUAUGCCCAGCCAUCUGUGGCGACUGGCGUUGUGCAAAUCACCGAUUUUGACCUCUCCGCCGAGACAUACCGAGCGCCCGAGGUGGUACUCGAUGCCGGCUAUGGGUAUAGCGCCGACGUGUGGAGCCUUGGUGUCAUGCUUUGGGGUUCAUUAGAGGGCACCAAGCUGUUUGAGUACCCGUCUCGAGACCAACCAAUCAGCGAGUACGAUGACCAGACACACCUGACCCAUAUCACUGCUCUCUUGGGCCCAGCGCCCAGUGAUCUGCUAGCUGCUGGUAGACGGACGUCAAAGUUUCACACCCCAGACGGUAACCUCAAAAACCCCAAGCUCAUCCCUGCAGCCUUUUCAUUCGAAAAUACCUUAAACCACGUUAGCGGCGAGGGAAAACGCAGGUUCAUCGACUUUGUCCGGAAAAUGAUAGCUUGGCGCCCCGAAGACCGAAUGACGGCGAGGGAACUGCUCAAGGAUCCAUGGUUGCAUAAGGAUUUCCCCCAGGGCUAA